AUGGAAUCUCACCCGCCCCUUUUUCCCUUCCGGGGGCACUACAAGGCUCCGGCUGGCCUUCAGCCUCUAGGAACCCACUCCACUGCCACAAAAGACGGCACGGAUAGCUCUGCCAAGCCUUCUCCUUACCUUCCAGAAGGCCGCCAGAAGGGUUUUGGAACAUCCGUAGAAGCCGUAGAAGCCGUGGAAAGAAAAAAAAAAGAGAAGAAACGCGCGGCCCAUCCUACGCACGUUCUUCAUUGGCGUGAUCUUCUAUCCUCUCACGGUCUCUCUCUCUCGCACACACACCUACCGUUCUCAGCCCCUGGCGAAGCUAAAACACACCCCUGGUGA